UAUUCUGUCUGUGGCUCUGGGAAUGAUGACAGUGAGUGUGUGAAAGAGCGAUGUGAGGAGGGCGGGAGACGUCUGUACCGCUGAGUAUAAUAAUCGAGCAGUAAACUUAUCAGAGUGAAACUGACAUUACACCGCCAUAGACCGGGAAAUACAGCUUUUGGAAUAAGUGCAUUUAAACAUAAUCAACCUCUACAGAAGACCGUAGGACGGCCUGUGAACAGCGUGAAUGUAACAUGGAUGCCUUUUUUAUUGAGCUACCCUCCUAGAAGUCCUUAUUUUAGUAAUCUACACCAGGACAACCCUGAAAUCUGUGAUCAUUCACGUGUGUGAGGGAUGACAACAUCUCAUCUGAAUGGCCAUGUUGCUGGUGAGGGGGGAGGAAGAGGAGGAGAUGAAGAAAUGAGGGUAGGACAGCAGCAUAGGGAAAUGGCUGUCGACUGCCCGGGAGAACUCGGGAGCCGGACACUGCCAGUCCGGAGAUCUGCUCAGCUAGAGAGAAUCCGACAACACCAGGAGGACCUGCGUCGGCGUCGAGAGGAGGAGGGACGGCAGCUGGAUCUCAACGCUUCACUCAGGCUGAAGAAACUUUCCCAGAAUCCCCACAUUGGCAUCGACAACCCCACAUUCCUGCAGGACACAUGCACGUCACAGCAACCACUGGUCGGCAAUCAGCACAAUUCGCUUGAGUUGGAGGAGUUGCUGCUGUCACUGAAGCAGGUCCGGGGCUGUCUGUCUGACCAGCAAAGUCAGAAUGACAUAGAGCUGGUUCUUGCACUACUAAACAAGCCUGAUUUCCAGUCUGCACUUAAGAUCCAUAAUGCCGUGGCCAACAGCAUGCACAGACCAUCUCCACCAUACCCACAAACACAACAGGCACUGCCGUUGGCACUGGAGGUCAGAAAUCUCUGCCAAACAAGUCAGAACAAAGAAGGACUGGAACUGAGCAGUCUUCUAUCAGACAUUCACUUCCAGUCUAUGCUUCUGGCGCAUGACAGCAUUGCAGAGAAAGAAAUGGAACUGGAACAAGUGACGAGCCAAACCGAGACACUGACACAAUUGGGUGGGGAGACUGUAAAAAUUGUUCACAUAGAGAAGGCCCGAGACAUACCGCUGGGGGCAACGGUCCGUAAUGAAAUGGAGAGUGUGAUCAUCAGUAGGAUUGUUCGAGGAGGAGCAGCGGAACGAAGCGGACUUUUAACAGAAGGAGAUGAAAUACUGGAAAUCAAUGGCAUUGAAAUAAAAGGGAAAGAUGUCAACCAAGUCUUUGACAUUCUAGCAGACAUGCACGGCCUCCUGACCUUUGUACUCAUUCCGAGCACUCAGAGCAAACCUCCCCCAGUUAAAGAGAAUGUGGUUCACGUGAAAGCACAUUUUGACUACGACCCAUCAGAUGACCCCUACGUGCCAUGCAGAGAGUUAGGCUUGUCCUUCCAGAAAGGAGAUAUUCUCCAUAUCAUCAGUCAGUCUGAUCCCAAUUGGUGGCAGGCAUACAGGGACGGAGAUGAAGAUAAUCAACCUCUCGCUGGAUUAGUUCCAGGAAAGAGUUUCCAGCAGCAGAGAGAAGCCAUGAAACAGACGAUAGAAGAAGACAAAGAGCCUGAGAAAUCAGGGAAGUUGUGGUGCGGAAAAAAGAACAAGAAGAAGAGAAAGAAGCUGCUUUACAACACUCAGAGAAAUGACGAUAUUGAUGAAGAGAUUCUGACCUAUGAGGAGAUGGCCCUGUACCACCAGCCAGCCAAUAGGAAGCGGCCGAUUGCAUUGAUUGGGCCAGCCAGCUGUGGGCAGGCGGAACUACGACAGAGACUUUUGAAUAACCAGCCUGAACGCUUUGCUGGCGCUGUCCCUCACACAACACGCAGCCGGCGAGAUGUAGAACUCGGCGGUCGAGAUUACCAUUUUGUUACUCGUCAGACAUUUGAGACCGAGUUGGCUGCUGGCAAGCUGAUCGAGUCCGGCGAGUUUGAGAAAAAUCUUUAUGGGACCAGCACUGACUCAGUGAGACAGGUCAUCAACACUGGAAAAAUAUGUUUGCUCUGUCUUCAUACUCAGGCCCUAAAGGUUCUGAGGAGUUCUGAUUUAAAACCAUACAUCAUCUUCAUAGCUCCACCUUCCCAGGAAAGACUCAGAGCCCUGUUGGCCAAGGACAACAAGAAUCCCAAGCCCGAGGAGCUACGGGACAUUAUUGAGCGAGCCAGGGAGAUGGAGCAGAACUGGGGUCACAUGUUUGACGCCAUCAUAGUCAACACUGACCAGGACAAAGCCUACGCCGAGCUGCUGAGACUCAUCAACAAACUGGACACGGAACCCCAGUGGGUACCCUGCUCCUGGCUUCGCUGACACGCACACAGGCAAAAAAUUUCAGUGUGCAACAAAAAUUGACUCUUCACCACCUUUUGGAAGCCACACCUGCCCUAAAGUAACAAUUUUGACAAUAACCAAGAAGUAUAGAUUUUCUUUUAGGUUCCUGUAAUUGCAAACCCUAUUUCAAGUAUUUUAUGUGUUACCCGUUUUACCAAAGUAAUGUUAAUACUAGUGUUGCACCGAUAUUAUUGUUUUUUGUUCCGGACACUGAUUCGGACUGAUCCUGAUGAGUAUUGUAAUCUACCGAUAUCAUGUUUGUUGAAAAAAUUUUUUUUUUCUUUUGAUAGUAAAUUAUUGCAUACUCGCUUGACUAGUAAUUGCAAUCAUUGCCAUUGACAGCGCUUUACGUUCAGUCCAUUUGAAGUGGCAUGGAUUGCAGAAAAUUAAAUGAAAGGCCACCCUUACACUUCAAAUGGAGUGACGUCUACUAGUGAUAAAUUGGUGGAAUGGUACAUCUAAGAGAGAACAAAUGUUAUUUUUUACCUCAUUUGCCCCAUUUUACCUCCCUUUAAGUGGGGGGUUGGCCGCGAAUGAACAUUUUUUCUUUCGCUGCCAGCCUCCAAGGUAAAAUAAAUUGGACAUCUACUAGUGAUAAAUUCAUUGAAAUUCACAGCCAAAGGACGUUUGGCUACCAUACAAUAAUGGAUGCAUGUGUAACUUGCAGACAUGUUGGGUAGGGCCACCAGUGGUUGGAAACCAGAUCUGGUAAAGUUAUAUAUGCACAGCAUCACACACGUUAUUUCAUCGUACUCGCUGAUACCAACGACGUCACUUUAGUGCUUUAUCGGAACAGAUACCAGUAUUAGUGCAUCACUAGUGUAUACUCUUGGAAAAAGUGUGUUUGAUAAAUCAAUAACAAAGAAGUCAAAUUCGGUGUUACAGAUCUCAGUAGAACCCAAAGUGGUUUCUAUUUGAAAAAUCCUACAUUGGCUUCAAAAUGAUAAAAGCGCACCAAUAAUGAAAUAAUCUGUAUUAAAUACACCUAUUAGACCAUAAGGUGGUGGCGGUGCUCAAAUGCAUUUAGUAAGCACUGUACAAUAUGUGAUCUUUUUUGAGUAGGUAACAGUGCCCACACCAUUCAGUGUGGUUCUACUCAUUGACAACAAGGUACUAGGGUGACUGUUGGAGGAAUAGGUUUGCGAGAAGUAAAUCUUUAUUUUUCAGGCUGACAUCUACUCAAAAAACUUUCUACCUCUACUGAUCAAGUCACAUUCCAAUCAAAGUUUGUCAUAUUAGAAGACUUCUUAAAUAGUGACAUUCUUCUCAAAUUAUUUCGUCUCUCCAUAGUAGAUGUCAGAUUGAAAUAUUUUCUAACAGUGGCUUAAUAUUUUCUAACAGUGGCUUUAGUCGGUUGUCAUGGGUAUUAAAAACUAGAAAUGUAUAUUUACAUGUCACAAAAAUCAUUAAUGAACACUUUACAGAUUCUGGACUAUAUUGCACUGCCCUUGAUUAGUCACAUGUAUGUUCUGUGUGACACAGUAGUCAUUCCUGGCGAGACCAAAACAUGGACCUACAACAUUCUUAUGCAUUGGAUUUUUUUUCUGAUGCACGUUGUUUUCUUGCAUCCUAUUAUCAUUUCAACUGUCAAAAUUGAAUAUAUAAAUUAUUAAAGUGAUUUUUUUUUUCACCUUCAGCCUGAAGAAUAGAUGUAUACACAUUUUAAGUUUUUAAUUCCACUUUUUUUUGGUUCAUUUUUAUAUGAAGUACUGUGACUUAAGUCCUGAACAUGCCUAUUUAGUCAUAAAUGUGAAAAUCACUGUUGCAAUCUCAUAAUACACACAAACAUUAAGUACAAAUCCAAGACUGUACAUGUACUUGAUAUGUGUGUUAUGUGACACUGGAACUGCACUGGAGAAUUUCGUGGUUGACAGCUCCAAACCGCAGUCUUGUGAAUUCCACUGACUGGUUGAAAAUCUAUUUUUGAACUUUUGACGGCACACGAUUGCAAUUAACAAUAUAAACACAGCACUUCAUUGACUGUUCUAUGUAUUGCCUGCUCUUUUAACCUUAGACUGUCCCAUCUGAUCACGUCAUAUAAAUGACAUCUGAACCUGAGCCUUCAGGAGUAGAAGGCUAUAAAGAAAACGUGAAGAAAAGCUAUUAGCGAAUAGGCACCAGUUGCCAAAUUUAUUCUUUUUUUUUUUGUGUCUGUCUGCGAGUGGAUGAAACUGUCUCUUUGAGGACAAUGAAGUAUUAAAUGACCUGACAGGAUAUCGCUGUUAUCACCGUGUAGUGCAUUUAUAUAUUUGUAAUAUUGAAAAUAGAUCUAUGAGGUUCAACAUGCGCCAAUAGGAGUACAGGUUUCACCUCCAUACCUUUGGUUCAGGAGGUGGUUUUUUAUUGAAUGUAAAGGCAAUUGAUACCACUUAUUUUGAGACCGCAUCUUGAAGGAAAAGCUGUCGUUUUCUAUUGUUAUUCACAAUGAACAAAUAAA